AUGUUUGAUCUGCUAACUGCAGCCCCCACAGACAUGGCAGACAACUGGCUGACCUACCAGACAGAGGGGGAAAUGGGUCACGAAAACAUUUCUGGGUCGAUCAACUUAGAUGACAGUCUAACCAGUCUUCAGUGGCUGCAAGAAUUCUCCAUCGUCAAUGCCAAUGUGGGGAAGACCCCAUCAUCAUCUGGAGACCCCCAUGGCUAUCGGCAGUUGCCAGGCUCAGCUGCUCCCUGCUCCCCCUUAGCUGCUGAUCCAGCCUGCUUAGGAAUGCCGCACACCCCAGGCAAACCCACAUCUUCAUGUACCUCGAGGGCAGCCCUUCACGGACUUCAGCCCAUGGAGGAGAUUGACUAUAAGACCAACCCACACGUUAAGCCCCCUUAUUCCUAUGCCACCCUCAUAUGCAUGGCAAUGCAAGCAAGCAAGAAGACCAAGAUCACACUCUCUGCAAUCUACAAGUGGAUCACAGAUAAUUUCUGCUACUUCAGGCAUGCUGAUCCUACCUGGCAGAAUUCCAUAAGACACAACCUUUCUCUAAACAAGUGCUUCAUAAAAGUUCCUCGAGAGAAAGAUGAGCCAGGUAAAGGUGGAUUCUGGAAGAUUGACCCACAAUAUGCUGACCGUCUCAUGAAUGGCGCCAUUAAGAAGCGAAGGCUGCCACCUGUCCAGAUUCACCCCGCUUUUGCUGGUGGGCACUCUAUUCCUUGCUCAGGUGGCAAUAUGGGCUCUGGUUGGCCAUUGAGUGAGUUUGAGGAGGCCACAGGCGAACAAAGCUGGAAUUCUACUGGCGAACAUGUCUGGAACGUGGCAGAUGGUAAAGGUCACAAGCGCAAACAGCCAUUACCAAAAAGGAUGUACAAGACACCCCGUCUAUCCAGCUCUCCAUUAUUAUCACAAGAUGAACAGUCCGAGCUUGGAUCCCUGAAAGGUGAUUUUGACUGGGAAGUCAUCUUUGAUUCCAACAUUAAUGAAGCCAACUUUGUUUCCUUUGAGGAUCUAGAGGGAACACCUCCAUUAAGUCCAGUCACCAGCUCUGUUGACCUCACAGUUCACGGGAAGCACAUUGAUUGUCCUCAGCAGUGGUACCCCAUGAGGCAAGAGCAAGCAGCGGUCCAAAACAGUUUGGAUUUUGAUGAGACAUUCUUGGCCACUUCCUUCCUCCAGCACCCUUGGGAUGAAAGCCGAAACGAUUUCCUAUCUAACUCUGCCAAUUUAGAUCAACUCUUUUUGACCUCAAUGAGGAAUUCCCUCCAGGACUCAAUGACUGGGCCUCCAUGGGCUCCUAUUUAUAACGAUGGUGCCACCUAG